CUCACUCACUCACCAACACACAUUAAAACCCAAGCACUUUCAAGAGGGCAAGGAAGUUUGCACUAACUCUUUUACUUGGGACCAAGACUUCUGAGACACACUGCUGGCAGGAAGGAUGUCUGUGUCUCUGUGGUGUGAGGAGGUAGAGGGUCAGGACAGGACUCAGUCUUCGGUCCGAGCCCCAUGGGACCCCAGCGCCUCCGGACUGAGGGUUAUUCAGAGACUUCUGCAGUCAGAGGAGAGAUACCUGCCGUCUCCUCUCUACAUCUCUCUCAUCCAGAGAGAACCACAGCGCAGAGAGGAACUGGCCAAGUGGACCAUGGAGGUGUGCAGUGAAUGUGACUGUGAUGAGUCUGUAUUUCCCCUGGCUGUCUCUCUUCUGGAUCGAUAUCUGUCGUCCACUCUGUCCCUGCCUGUGUCUCCCUCCUGUCUGGCUGCAGCUUGUGUCCUGGUGGCUUCAAAACUGACCGAAACUGACACAGUUAGUGCAGAUACUCUCUGUGCGGCAGCAGAGUACCACUUUCUCUCAUCAAACCUGCGGGAAAUGGAGCGUGUGGUGCUGGCGACUCUGAGGUGGGAUGUGGCAGCAGUGACCCCUCAGGACUUUAUCCCACACUUCCUGCGCACUCUCGGGGAGCUCAGGGAUGGGGACGCGCGCACAGGAGACUUCGUCGCAACGCUGCGGCGCCACAGCAAUACACUUGUCGCCUUGUGUGUGUGUGACUCGCGCUUUCUGGGAACCCCUCCAUCACUGGUGGCUGCUGCUGCACUGAACUCUGCCCUGCGGGGUCUGAGGACCAAGAGUGCGGGAGAGAUGAGUGUCAUGACCUCUGCCCUGGCCACACUCUGUCAGACUGAUGUGGUGCUGCUGCAGUGCUGCACUGAGCAGAUAGAGGGCGCUCUCCGCGAGAGACUGAGGAGCGGAGCACAGCAGGAGAAAGACGAGAAUGAGGAUGAUGAUGAGGAAAGAGCCAGCACACCCACAGACCUAAGAGAAAUAGACUUUUAAUACAGGGUUAAUUAAUUCAUGAGGGAUAUUUAUCGCGUCUCACUUUUAUUUAUCAGUAAAACUGAUUUAAACACAAUGUGACAUUUAUGUUUUUGUCUUAUGUAACUUCUGAAGUGAUCUAAUUUAUAAUAAUUUGUAUUUAUUUGUUUGCAAGAUUACGAUUUACGUGUGCCAUAUUUAUUAAGUUCUGUUGCCAUAACUGUAAUUGUGACUUCUUAUGCUUUUCAGGUUUACUCUUUUGAAUUUAUGUAUUCCAUACGUUUUGUAUU